GCCUGGCCCUUUAAGGCUGACCAGGCCCGGCCUCCGGUUGUCGGCGCGGGGCGGGGGGCGGUCACGUGGGCCGCGGGCGGCCAGACUCGCGGCUCCGCGACCGUGGCCGUCGGCUCCCGCUCCCGCCGCCCGCGCCGCCGCCCGGUGCCCUGCGGUCAGGUGCCAGGCCGGGGCCGCCUCUGCGCGCCCCACGGGGGCCAUGGAUGGCGAGACGGGCGAGGCGCAGGGGGGCGCGGUGCCCCUGCCGGGCGCACCCUCCGGCCCCGGCCAGGCGGGGCGGCGGGAGCCCAAGAAGCACGCCGUGACCGAGGACUACCAGCUGUCCAAGCAGGUGCUGGGCCUGGGCGUGAACGGCCAGGUGCUGGGGUGCGUGCACCGGCGAACCGGCCAGAAGUGCGCCCUGAAGGUCCUCUACGACAGCCCCAAGGCCCGGCAGGAGGUGGAGCAGCACUGGCAGGCGUCGGGCGGCCCCCACAUCGUGCGCAUCCUGGACGUGUACGAGAACAUGCACCGCAGCAAGCGCUGCCUGCUCAUCAUCAUGGAGUGCAUGGAGGGCGGCGAGCUGUUCAGCAGGAUCCAGGAGCGAGGGGACCAGGCUUUCACCGAGAGAGAAGCUGCGGAGAUUAUGCGUGACAUCGGCACCGCCAUCCAGUUCCUGCACAGCCACAACAUCGCCCACCGUGACGUCAAGCCCGAAAACCUGCUCUACACGUCCAAGGAGAAGGACGCGGUGCUCAAGCUCACCGACUUCGGCUUUGCCAAGGAGACCACCCAGAAUGCCCUGCAGACACCCUGCUACACUCCCUACUACGUGGCUCCUGAGGUCCUGGGUCCGGAGAAGUAUGACAAGUCAUGUGACAUGUGGUCCCUGGGUGUCAUCAUGUACAUCCUCCUGUGCGGCUUCCCGCCCUUCUACUCCAACACGGGCCAGGCCAUCUCGCCGGGCAUGAAGCGCAGGAUCCGCCUGGGCCAGUACGGCUUCCCCAACCCCGAGUGGUCGGAGGUGUCCGAGGACGCCAAGCAGCUGAUCCGCCUCCUGCUGAAGACGGACCCCACGGAGCGCCUGACCAUCACGCAGUUCAUGAACCACCCCUGGAUCAACCAAUCCACGGUGGUGCCGCAGACGCCGUUGCACACGGCCCGCGUGCUGCAGGAGGACAGGGACCACUGGGACGAAGUCAAGGAGGAGAUGACCAGUGCCCUGGCCACCAUGCGCGUGGACUACGACCAGGUGAAGAUCAAGGACCUGAAGACCUCCAACAACCGGCUCCUGAACAAGCGGAGGAAGAAGCAGGCGGGCUCCUCGGGCGCGCAGGGCUGCAACAACCAGUAGCUCCGGCCUCGCCUCGGAGCGGCCGGCCUGGGAGCAGCUGGCCUCGGAGCGGCCGGCCUCAGAGCUGCGGGCCGGACAGCAGGGGCUGAGGCCCAGGUCAUUUUUUUAAACACAAGGACUAUUUUGUUGUAUUUUAAUUUGUCACGUGGAACUUCGGGAUGGGGGACCGUGGCCCCACCCCUCCCUCAGCGCCCCAGUGCCGGUGCCGGUCUGAGGGGCCGUGCCUGGGGCCGCUGCAGUGCCUUCGCCCGGGUACCCUGCCCUGGCCGUGGCCUUAGACUUCUGGGCCACGGGGAGUCGUGGCUGGGCUUCCCUCCUAUGAAAAUGCCCGCCUGCGGGGUGGGCAGAUGGGCCUGGCCUUGGGAAAGGCAGCUGGCCAUUGGUUGCCAUGGUGACCAGGGAGCCAGUUGCUGUCUGGGAAUGCCAAGUGAGUGAGUGAGCGAGCGAGCCAGGGAGGGAGAAGGGGCAGUUGGGGUCUGUGUGCCUUUGCUUCCCGGGAGGCUGUCUCUCCCAUGGCCUGCCCUCACUCUCAGCCUCGUGGUCUCCCCGAGGCCGCGGGCUCAGCCAGCCUGCCCCCCCGCCCCUCCUGCCCGGGGUGGUUGCAUUCUCAUCCCACAGGGCCCUGGGGCUCUUUCUCCCCAGGCCCUGGCCCAGCCCUCCCGUUAUCCCUCCCCAGGGAGCCGCCUCUCCUCUCAGCAGAGGCGGGAGGUGUUUUUAAUGCUUUUCUACUUCGGAAACUGUCACUGUGACAGAGGCAGCCUCUGCUCCCACCUGCUCCGGGUCCCAGGCCGGAGCCUCUCCCGGGAUGGCUCGUCCGGCCGCCUGGCAGCUCGGCACUGCCCUGGGAGUGGACGGCUGCGGGCGGGGCCAGGGGGCUCCCUGUUCACCAGGGAUCUCCCUCCCUCCCUCUCUCUCUCUCUCUCUCUCUUUCCUAGAGAGUGGAAGGGAGGGGCAGGGGGAGAGAAAGAAACAUCGUUGUGAGAGAGACACAUCGAUGGGUUGC